AUGGCCGAGAUGACGGUCAUGGUGGAAGAGGAUGCAGGCAAAAGCUUGAGGCCUGGAAGAAUCUCCUCUCAGCCAAACUGCACAGAAGAGUUCCCUCAGGUGUGGCUCGACUAUCUUGUGGAGAGCACCAAGAUAGAGGGUGACAGGCUACAAAAUUCUCUGGAAGCUGCUCGAACCAAGAUCUUUGCGAAUAAGAGCUUUGAGAUUCUCUGUUCUUCACAUCCCUUCACCUGGUUUCUGUCUGUGAGGAUCUUCCAAGCGGGUUUGGCUGUCAUUGCUUUCCUUUUCCUGUUUUUGCCACUGUCUCACUCAGCGACUUGGUCGCUUUCAAGCAUUAGUCAGCCCCAAGGAGCGUCUCGUUUCUUUCGAUUCACUGCUAGAAAGCUUCAGAAUGGACUGUCAGGGCCUGCCAUAACAUCUCCUGGGAUACAAUCCUUCGGAGUGCUGAGAGGGGACUGUUUGAUUCCGAGGUAUCCGCUAGGAGACGAGUAUGUUGAAGAGAGGCAAGGAGCUUCCGUGACUUUGAGAUUAGAUGCCUCGCACUCUUUCGAUGGCUGGUACUUUCUCACAUCCAACUCUAGCAAUGAGUUCAACCCCGUCGAAUUCACCCUUGAGUCAUCCAGCGACGGCGAGCACUGGAAAGUCUACGUGAUGCAGUCCAUGCAGUCGUUGGAUCGAGUAGUUCCCGUCCCUGUAGGUCAAGACGUGCUCGAGCAAGACUUCUCGAGGAUGUUGGCUUCGCUUCCACGAAAUCAGCUCAUCAAGAUCAGCUGGAACGCGAUCAAAUGCCGGUGGCCUGCAUAUGCGAGGGUCUUGGAGCGAUUGUUCAAGGGGCUCGGAAUCUUGCUUGCUGUAGCAUGCGCGCAUCUAAAAAGGCUCCACGCGUCGGUACCGAUGCUGUGCUUGGGAUAUUUCCUCUCGGCAGCUGUUGGCAUGUCCGAGUUCAUUGUCACGUGGAGCAGCUGCAACUUAGAGGUGGAGUAUGCGGCGCUGAUCGAGAGCCUCAUGAUCCUGCUGCUUUUUCCUUGUCCUCUCGUUGUUCACGAGUGCCUGGUGUUGGAGCUGGGGGCAGCGUCAUCAGCGAUUCUCCUUGGGGUGGAGGCUGCACUGAGAUCAAACGGGGCAUACAUGAGAAUCGUGCAGCUGCUUUUCUUUCUUGUCUUGAUGGCAAUCCGUGAAUACCUCAGAGCUUCCUCCCGCAAGUCUGCCAUGAAUCACCAGGCCGAGCUGGAGAAGGUUUGGGAAGACAUACUAUCCCAGGGAGGCGACUCAAGCUUGAGAGAGCUGCAUGAAGUGGCUUACACUGGUUGCAAAAGCGCUCGGAAGCACUUGCGGCAAUUUUGUCUUGCACCAAUUCAGACAAACCAAGGAGAUGCAAACCUAGAUGUCGAAAGGAUUCGAGCCUUGGAAGCAUUCUCUUCAUCGAAAAGAUCUUGCUCACCUUCUACGCACGAAUCAUUUGGAGCUUUUACCUCCCGCUCAAGUGUAAAGCUUUCGGAAACAAACGAGAUCACUAGUUUUGACCAACUGUACGCCCAGGGGGUUGUGAUGCAGAAAGUGUUUGUUGACAAAUUGGUGGUCAUCGUUGAAAAACUGCAGACCUCGCACGGGUGUAUCGCUCGUUUCCAUGAGACUCCCAUGAAGAGCUUCGAAGCAAGCUACGAAAAGAUCUUACGAAAGUACCAUGGAGCCGUUGCAAGACAUACGGAUCUGGUGCGGCAGAGCAUCGUCUUCGAGCGGAUACAAGACAUCACAGAGUGUUUGCGAGUGCUGUUUGAAGACCGAGGGGUGGUGAUUGUGAGCCUCACGAACAGACUCGCUGUGAAGGACGAGCACAAACAUUUGGGACAGGUCAGGGAUGUUUGUCUCAAAAUUCGAUUAUUUACAGAGCAAUCGCGGUUCUACGGCACAUGCGCGUUUGUUUGUGAACUUCGACUGGUUCUGGCCCGUCUGCAAGCUGCGGCAACCUCGAACAUGUUGGACGAUUUGAAGUCAUACCGGCGCAUCCACCAGAUCGACCUGCCUGCGCAAUGCUCCUUGUUCUUGGCGAUGCUAGACUCGUUCACUUGGUUGCUGAGGGUGAGGCAUCAUAAGAUCCGUAGACUGUCAAGGGUUGCGGUGGAGAAUCUUGGCGGUGCAGGCGAGGAGGCCGAGUCUCUGAACUCACUCUACCAAUCAGCCCCUCACUGCUGGUCUGAAGAACAAAGGCAUAAGGACCUGUUAAGACAGAGAUGCCUGAUUGCUGGAAACAUCCUCGGGGCGAGGCUCAAGGAGCGGCGACAUGCAGUCAGGAAGACGGGAAGCAGCAGCGUGCUCUUCACUUCCAUUCCUUGCACGCUUGCGAUACAGAAGGUCUCUUUCAAGGUGUCGAUGGUGAUUGUUGGCAUCUUCUAUGUGGUGCACACGUUCGGACCCGGAGGGAUAUGGUAUGAUUUCGCUGGCCAACAAGUGUUCCAAGUGCAAGCUGCAAGGAUGAAAGUUUUGCAACAGCGGGAGGACAGACUACCAGCCGGUGGGAACUACUCACUUAAGCUCGGUUGGAUCUUGAAUGGUUGUAAGGUCUCUUCUGCAGUGGAGGGAGUAGAGAAGGAGAACAACUUUUACUUCUCCUUCAAGAGUUUCGAAGCCGCCAACGCCUUCUACUUCAUCACUGACAGUCGCCUCGGCACCGAGGGACUUGACCCCGUUCGAUUCCAGCUGGAGGUCACCACUUCUUCAACCAAGAACCCGUGGGAGCUGCAAGACUCCAGCUGGAGGCUGAAAGCAGGCACCCGAUGCAAGUGGGAUAUUUACACCACAGCCUGCAUUCCCUUCUGGGAGGAGGCCUAUCCCACAACCUUAGAGCGAGGAGCUGAGAACGAGGUGACGCUUGUCGCGCCUCUGUAUGAAGCUCUCGACACGAUCUUCUACAUCUUCCCGGUGAUCUUCGGCCUCUUCACCGGGUCCUUGUUGAGCGUUCUUGGGAAGCCUCGCACGGGUAUUGUGCUCUUCUCCUUUAGCUUCUGCGGGCCUGGUUUCUUUCAGAUCACUAGUGGAAUAAUCCACAUGGCCGUCGACGGAUGGGCGACCGACCUUGUCCGAUUGUUCUUUGAAGGCUUUGCGGCUUUGAUCUCAGGAUUGCUGCUGGUGUUCUGGGAAGAGAAGUUUGUCCCUUUUCUUCCGUUCGACGCCUUGAUGAACUACUUUGCUGUCAACUUCCACUACUUUCUUGUACUUGAGAAAAGACAGUUUCAGAUUCCAGUCAACGGAUCGAUCCUGCUGCUGGGCUGGCUGAUUGCGCGCAUUGCACGCAGAAUUGCAAUCGUUCGAGCAUGGCAGGGGAUCAAGGACGACUCGAAGCAUUACAACGAGGUUUGGCGGGCAUUGACGACCAACGAAGAGUCGAUGGCGCAAGUGACGAGGUUGAAGGAGACUGUCGGUGCUGGGCACAAGGCCUGGCGGAAGGGGGCCAUAUGUCAGGUGAAGGCGGGAGAGCAAGAGCAUAGCCCUUCAUUGUUCGACCGACUCUUACGACAUAACGCGGGGAAGAUCGCAUGUCUGGAUCAGCUCUACAAUCAGGCCAUGCUGCUUGAGCUAGCCUACCUACGCAAGGUGAAGGAGCUGCUCAAGAAGUGGGGUGGGCUCGUGCAGGAUGUGGAGGCUGGGGAGGAGGGACCAAGAGAGGUCAAGUGGGUGCGAUACGAAGAAGGGAAUGCGCAGUAUCGACACAGCUGGGCGAGUCUCAAGGGAUUCGAUCGGGCAAUCGAGAAGCUGAGCAGGUCGUACAAGGGGGAAGUCUGGCGGCUGCUGGACGUGGUGCGGCAAUGUAUAGUGUUCGAGAGCAUCGAGGACAUCACGAGAUGCUUCCGAGGGAUCUGCGAGGACGAGGAGCUCGUGAUCCUGCGCGUCAAGAAUCGUUUCGAUCCCGAGUUUACGUCGCAGCAAUCAGGAGCGUACCGUGACCUGUGUCUCAACGUCCGUCUUGACAACGAGGAGACUCGUCGACUGGGUGUGAACUCACACGUGUGCGAGCUUCAAUUGUCGCUCAAGGACUACAAGGCCUGGGUCAUACACAGCCAUGGGCACAGGCGAUACGUAGAAUAUCGCAAUACACGAGGAGAGUGA